AUGGCUUCUGGGGCAAUUUUCUCGUCGCUUCGGCGGAGAAGGUCGCCGACGUUAGACGCUUUUCUAGCCCCCGUUGACUUAAGCGACGUUGCUUUGGUUCAGACCCUUGUCUCUGUUGCCUGCGAGAUUGUGUCGUGUUUUUCGAAGCGUUGCUUCUUCUUUCAGCGCAAAAACUCGCGGUCUCUGAUCCGAAGAGUCGAGGUUUUUCAGUUGCUUUUGGAGUAUUUGCGCGAUUCCGAUUCAAGUUCUUCGUGUCUUCCACCCACGGCGGUGCUUUGUCUCAAGGAGCUCUACCUCUUGCUCUACCGCUCCAAGAUUCUCCUCGAUUACUGCGCACAAUCGAGUAAGUUGUGGCUCUUGCUUCAGAACCAUUCCAUCUCUGGUCACUUCCACGAUUUGAACCAGGAGAUUUCGACCCUUUUGGAUGUUUUUCCCGUUAAGGAUGUUUUGUUGAGUAAGGAUGUUAGGGAACAGGUUGAGCUCUUGCAGAAGCAGUCAAGGAGAGCUAAGCUUUUUAUAGAUAGGAAGGAUGAUGCUCUAAGGGUUCGGUUUUUUUCCUUUCUUGACGAGUUUGAGAAUGGAAGGAUUCCUGAUUCUGCUGAAUUGAGAUCUUUCUAUGUUGAGAAGUUGCAGAUUGUGGAUGCAGAUAGUUGUAGGACUGAAAUUGAGGCCUUGGAGGAGCAGAUUGUUAAUCACGAGGGUGACAUUGAGCCUACUAUUUCUGUGCUUAAUGGUUUGGUGGCUAUGACUAGGUAUUGCAGGUUUUUGCUUUUUGGCUUUGAGGAGGAUGAACUUGGUGUGGAGAACGGGAGUCAGAAGAAGCCUAAAACGAGGUUGAUUACUCGGGAAAUUGCUGAAACGUUUUUUACUAUUCCUAAGGACUUCUCAUGCCCAAUUUCGUUGGAUUUGAUGAGAGAUCCUGUAAUUAUUUCCACUGGUCAAACAUAUGAUAGGAGUUCCAUUUCAAGGUGGAUGGAAGAAGGGCAUACUACUUGUCCCAAAACAGGUCAAAUGCUUGUUCACACUCGCCUGGUUCCUAACCGCGCUCUGAGAAAUUUGAUUGGGCAGUGGUGCACUGCACAUGGGGUUCCUCUUGAGCCACCAGAGGUCAUGGAUGCGAUGGGGGAAGCCUUUGCAUCAGCUUGUCCCACCAAAGCUGCCCUUGAAGCCAACAGAGCCACAGCUAAGCUUCUUAUUGAACAGCUUGCUGGUGGGUCUCAGGCCGGGAAGACUGUGGCUGCUCGGGAGAUUAGGUUGCUUGCAAAAACGGGAAAGGAAAACCGCGCCUUCAUUGCAGAAGCCGGGGCGAUUCCCUAUCUUCGGAAUUUACUUUCAUCGCCAAAUGCUGUUGCUCAGGAGAAUUCUGUGACUGCCCUGCUCAAUUUGUCCAUUUUUGACAAGAACAAAAGUAGGAUCAUGGAAGAGGAUGGGUGUCUGGGAUCAAUUGUUGAUGUGUUGAGAUUUGGACAUACCACAGAGGCUAGGGAGAAUGCUGCUGCAACAUUGUUCAGCCUAUCGGCCGUCCAUGACUAUAAGAAAAUAAUUGCAGAUGAGAUGGGAGCGAUUGAGGCCCUGGCAGGGCUAUUGCAGGAGGGGACUCCAAGAGGAAAGAAGGAUGCUGUGACAGCAUUGUUCAAUCUUUCCACACACACUGAGAAUUGUGUUAGAAUGAUAGAGGCCGGGGCAGUGACAGCACUUGUAGGUGCUUUGGGGAAUGAAGGAGUUGCAGAAGAAGCAGCAGGUGCACUGGCAUUGAUCGUCCGGCAGCCUAUUGGGGCCAAAGCAGUGGUAAACGAGGAAGCAGCAGUUGCUGGUUUAAUCGGAAUGAUGCGUUGUGGAACGCCGAGAGGUAAAGAGAACGCGGUUGCAGCAUUGCUUGAGUUAUGCCGUAGUGGAGGUUCAGCUGCAACAGAAAGAGUUGUGAAGGCGCCAGCUUUGGCAGGAUUACUUCAAACCCUUCUCUUUACAGGGACAAAACGUGCAAGAAGAAAAGCAGCUUCACUUGCAAGAGUGUUUCAAAGAUGUGAGAAUGCAUCUCUACAUUAUGGUGGAUUAGGUGUAGGCUAUGCGUUUGCUAGCAAUUCAACUACAACCAGGGAUACCAGCUUCGCCGGUGACGUUUCAGUACCAAUGUCCAUCUCUGUUUUAUAG